ACUCUACCGCCAUAGAAGAUUUUCUUGUAACUAAUAGACCUGGGCGGGGGCAAACUAGCGGUUGUCGAGAUUCGCCACGGUUUUUUGAAAAGGGAAUUAUAGAAUUUACUGAAGAAAACGAAAAGGAGACGCUUAUAUUGGAGAAACGCAGAUUGUCUGAGGAAUGUGUAAAGUUGACUGAGGGGGUUAGCAACUACCGCGACACCGUCAGCUUAUGCCAGGAAAAGUUGUGCGAGCAGAGCAUACAAUUGAAAGAUGCCGGAAUUAAGAGCAGGCCGUCUGGCGGCACUUCGGACGGUGCUACUGCUGCUGAAGGCUUGGCUAAUAGCGCCACGAGUGACAGGCUGAAGGGCCAGUUAGUAAAGUGGGAGAAAAUAAACAAUCAUUUAAAGAAAAAGCUUGAGGAACUUCGAUUCAAAUAUUCUUAUGAAAGGUUUCAAGAAAAUAGUAAAGAAAUCGGUGAACCUUCAAAAGAAGCCCUUCAAUCAACAUCGAACGGCGUCCUCGCGACAUCCGAAAAUUCGUUUGAGGGGAGCACGCAUAAGGGAACCUUGUCCGACUUAUUAGAAAGUGUUAUAGAAUUAGACACCCUUUUAAAAGAAGUUCUUCAUGACCAAUACGAUCACUUCUCCAACCAAAAAGUAGAAGAAACAAGACCUAUUAUUUGGACGGGUCAGUAUAGAGUAACCAAUGUAAUCGAGUUGUUUCGAAGUUUCCUGAGUUACGUUAAGCACGUCAUUUAUUUGUUGCAACCUGAAACCUUGCGAUGCUUUCUUUACCCCGAAAAAGCAGAGGAAGGUCCAUCAAGCUUAGAAAAAGUGAAAACUGAACUUAGUCUAAUAGAACUUCCUUCCGAUGCAAAACACUUGGCUCUACGACGUUACAGUAGUGAUGGCGAUGUAUCGAAAUUCAAUACAAGAGAAAUUGAUAAACAUAAUAAUUAUUCUAGAUUAGAGCAAUUAUUAGUAGAAAACCUUAGGGAACUUCAAGAUCGGGUUUUACGUAUAGAAGAUGGACAAACUAUUAGUAAACUGUUGCAUACCUGUAUAGAGGAGGAGAAAGCAGAAAUAAAAUGGCUAAAAAAAAGUUUGCAAGAAUUCUUAGUAUCCUGUAGACUUCAGUUUAUCUCGUUGUUAGGCCAUCGUAACUAUAUAAUACAAAGCGACAUUUCUGAGGAAAAAGAACACUUGGAAAGGAAGCUAAAUACUCUGAACCAGGAACCAGAGAAAGCUAUUGAGGACAAAAAUAUGUUGUUCAUAGCUUGUGAUUCUUUAGAAGAAGGACUUCGGGGAAAUAAUAUCGAAUACACCGAUAAACUGUCUAAAGAGAGGCUUCUAGAAGAGGAUCUUCUGGCGUGUAAGGAAAAGGUUGAACAACUUUUAGGGGAGAAAAAGCUUUUAUGUGAAACUGUUCGUUAUUUGGAGACUGCUGUUAAAGAGCUCAGUCAAAAGUUUGAGGAAAGUUUCGCUGAGAUAAAUAUAUUGCUAGAGGCGAAAAUUGCGCUUGAAAUGGAAAACUUGGAGUUAAAAAAAGAACGCAAUUUUGCUUUAAAAGAGGCCAGAGCUUCUAUUGAAUUCCAGAAACUGUUAGAAGAAAAAGAGGAACUUGUACAUUCGCAGAAUCAGCAAAAGUUACAUCUCUCAGCACUGGAAAAGAAGCUCGAAAGUUCGUGUGAACAGGCUACUGUUUUGAGACAGGAGCUUAGAAAUGCUAGCGAAGUGGUCAAUUGCUUAAUAGAUAAUAAAGAAACUGCUGAAAAGCGAAUUGAAGGACUGGAAGUGGCAUUAGUAGCUCGCAAUGAUUGUAUGCCCAUGGAGCCUUAUAAGCAGUUAGAAAGAGAGUUUAGCGAAAUAAAUAAAGAUAAUAUGAGUGUGUCAAAAAUAAAAUGUUGCAAUGAAAAACUCAUCAAAGGACUAAAGGAGAACAUUAGAGAAGCAAAUGCUGAACGCGCAUUACUGUUAGAGCGGGAGCUUGCCCUCGAAAAAGAUUGUACUAGACUUCAAGAAGAGUUGCGUUAUAAUAACCUUGAGAACACCAUCCUUUUCAACCUAUUAAGUAAUGAAAAGCAAACUUUAAUCGAUGUAUAUUCUUAUCUUAGCGAAUUACUCACUAAAAAUAAAGUACUUAUAUCGCAUAAGAGAACUUUUAUGAUAUUUUUAAAAAACCUAAUAUCUGGUGAGGAGCACCUUCUAAGCGACCUCUUAAAACAAGACAAACACGCUCGAGAGUUGCUCACAGUUAUUGAUCCGCUGCCUUCUACAGAGAUUAUAAAAACGAACCCCGAACUAAAGGAUACAAAAUCACUAGCUUUCUUACACAGAAAAAUUAUUAAUAUCUGUAAAAACUUUAAACAACAAAUUGAACAGGAGAAAAGAUCUACAAGCGAAGUAUUUACUGGCACUCCACAACAGGAGAGUUUACAACAUUACAUACUAAAGAUAUCAGAGUAUAAUGAUAUUAUCAUGGACUCGCUAAAGUUAAAGGGCACUAAAACGGUGUUGUUAAAACGAAUUGUGGAGAUGCUCUGCCUCUAUUAUCACGAAAAGUUAAAAAGUCUAAAAAACACUCAAGAGGACCUACUAAACCAACAAGUUUCAGCCAACCCGAAUGUUGUACAUAUGAAAGUUUUUGAAAGCUUAAGAGAUACUAAGCAGCAAAACUCUCUUAUCAUUGCUGCACUUGAAGAAGCCGCUAUAAAAAUAAAACAAGAUAUUACUCAUGAGUCCGAGAAACUUUCUUCCGCCGAGACUCUUCCACUCAAUAUUGCUCCUGUUAGCCAAAAUGAGGCUGCCCUCAUCACUUUCAUUGCUACCGACGAUUCUGUCAAACCAUUUAAAGUUGGAGAUCGGGUCAGUGUUAACGCGGAGAACGGCGUGUUGAAGUAUGUCGGUCCCACAAAGUUUCAGGGGGGUAUCUGGUAUGGCGUCCAUCUGGAGAGGCCAGUUGGUAAAAACGACGGUUCUGUCGGUAAUGUUAGGUACUUUUCCUGCCCAGACGACCAUGGACUUUUUGUAAGAGGAGAACGGCUUCGCAAAACUAUCGACUGAGACCGUUUCUGUUGGACGUAAUUAGGAUAAUAAUAGUUUGA